UGCUCUUUGGGAUGCUGAAGGUGCUGAAAUAGCAGCGAGGACAAGGGACUUGGCUCAGUGUUAAAUAUCUGCCGAGCUGCCCUAAGAUUCUGAGAUGACAAUAGAGAGAAUGGAGAAUGUGGAGGUCAUUACUUCUGAGGGCAAAGGCAGAGGUCUGAAGGCCACCAAGGAGUUCUGGGCUGCUGAUGUCAUCUUCGCUGAGCGGGCUUACUCUGCCGUGGUUUUUGACAGCCUUGUGAACUUCGUGUGCCACACCUGCUUCAAGAGGCAGGAGAAGCUCCAUCGCUGUGGGCAGUGCAAGUUUGCCCAUUACUGUGACCGCACCUGCCAGAAGGAUGCUUGGCUGAACCACAAGAACGAGUGUUCGGCCAUCAAGAGAUAUGGGAAGGUGCCCAAUGAGAACAUCAGGCUGGCGGCGCGCAUCAUGUGGCGAGUGGAGAGAGAGGGAACUGGGCUCACCGAGGGCUGCCUGGUCUCCGUGGACGACCUGCAGAACCACGUGGAGCACUUUGGGGAGGAGGAGCAGAAGGAGCUGCGCAUGGACGUGGACACUUUCCUGCAGUAUUGGCCGCCCCAGAGCCAGCAGUUCAGCAUGCAGUAUAUCUCGCACAUCUUCGGCGUGAUUAACUGCAAUGGUUUCACGCUCAGUGAUCAGAGAGGCCUUCAGGCAGUAGGUGUGGGCAUCUUCCCCAACCUGGGCCUGGUGAACCACAACUGUUGGCCCAACUGCACCGUCAUCUUUAACAAUGGCAAAAUUGAGCUCCGGGCCCUGGGCAAGAUCUCAGAAGGAGAGGAGCUGACUGUGUCCUACAUCGACUUCCUUAACUUCAGCGAAGAGCGCAAGAAGCAGCUGAAGAAGCAGUACUACUUUGACUGCACAUGUGAACACUGCCAGAAAGGGCUGAAGGACGACCUCUUCCUGGGGGUGAAAGACAACCCAAAGCCUUCUCAGGAGGUGGUAAAGGAAAUGAUACAGUUCUCCAAGGAUACACUGGAAAAAAUUGACAAGGCUCGCUCUGAGGGUUUGUACCAUGAGGUUGUGAAAUUAUGCCGAGAGUGCCUGGAGAAGCAGGAGCCAGUUUUUGCCGACACCAACAUCUACACGCUGCGCUUGCUGAGCAUUGUUUCCGAGGUCCUCUCCUACCUGCAGGCCUUUGAGGAGGCCUCACACUACGCCAGGAGGAUGGUGGAUGGCUAUAUGAAACUCUACCACCCCAACAAUGCCCAGCUGGGCAUGGCCAUCAUGCGGGCAGGGCUGACCAACUGGCAUGCUGGCAACAUCGAGGUGGGCCACAGCAUGAUCUGCAAAGCCUACGCCAUUCUCCUGGUGACACACGGACCCUCCCACCCCAUCACCAAGGACUUGGAGGGCAUGAGGAUGCAGACGGAGAUGGAGCUGCGCAUGUUCCGCCAGAACGAGUUCAUGUAUCACAAGAUGCGCGAGGCUGCCCUGAACAACCAGCCCAUGCAGGUCAUGGCCGAGCCCAGCAAUGAGCCGGCGCCUGCUCUGUUUCAUAAGAAGCAAUGAGGACCUGCCUGGUGGGGAAGGGGCGCCGUGGCUUGGGAACUGGGGAGAUGUUCUGGAGGGGAUGGGUAUCUGGGGAGCCCCUUGAUGAAGAAGUCAGGGUAACUUGACAAGCUCAACCUUGUUGCUGUGGGAAGGACUGCUCCGUUUCCCUUCAUUUCAACUCAUUUCAACCCAAUUGAACUCUAUCCAAACCCAGCCCAGCCCAACUCAUCCUACAAAUAUGUUAGGUGCUAGGGCCUAGGGAUAAAGAACCCUAGAUGUUGCUGAUGAGGCAAAAUGUUAGACAAUUUAAGCACAGUGUGAUAAUAGAUGCAGUGGAAACUGUAUGGAGAGAAAGGGACAGUGAUGGGCAUGUGUCUGGUGUGUGUAGGGGGAUUAGUGGUGGGGGUGUCAUGGAGGAGUGACAUCUGAGCUAAGGGUGACAGGUGCCUGGAGGCUCAGGUGGCUGUUCAUCCAUCCAUGCAGGUGUCCCAGGGUUUGGCUGACUGGCAUGGGUGACAUCCAACUUCCUCAGGUGAGCAUGGACUUAUGAAGAAGGGGCUGUAUUUGGGCCUUUAAGGUCCUACUCAUAGAACUGAAACAUUUUCAGAUGGGUAACUAUACAGAAAGAGGUGGGGGCUUUGCCCAAACCACUUGAGGUCUCAGGUUUCACUCUAAAUUCCGAACAUUAUUCUGAAACUACUUCCAGAACACAGAGAGAGAGGAUCUCCAAUCCCACCCUCACUGCCAAGCCUUGUGAUUCCUGUGAUAAGGGGCUGCUUGGACAAUACCUGAGAUUUUUACCUGGCCAUUGGCCUCCUAGGACAGGAGAAGUCUUUUCAAGGUGAAGUUGAGGGAGACGCUUGGCAACACACCUACCUGAUAACCGUGGGUCCAGCGGAAUCGGCUUUUGGGUGUUUCCUUUGGUUCCACGUCUCUGGGUGGUCUUUACCCUCUUAGCCUCAUCACCAGCCCCCAGUAAAUCUCUCUUCUUAGUAAUGCAUAAUUAUGACUUCCCUUGCUUAAUUUCUCUCAUCAUCCAUGCCCUGGGGACACUGCUUUUCUUACCAGAAGGAAUGUCUCACCUGGACUCUGAACACCUAGGUUUGGACUUUUUUGAGGAGAAGGUGACCAACUUGCCCUUAUCUCCUGGGAAUCUGCUCUGGGCUCCGCCCAAGUGUGAGAGUGUUGGGGGUCAACGAAACCAGUUGUCCCAUUGUCCUGUUAUAUUCUGGGAUCCCAAACGUCUCACCAGUGUUUUGGGGGAUGCUAGACUAAAGUCCUCUAUUUAAGAAUGUCACCAAGUCUUCUGUACCAUCUGGGGCUACCCUUGACCCCAAAGCUCUAGCUCAUGUCUUGAACUCAAGUGACCCCAUGAGGCUUCAUAUUUGCCAUCUGUGUCUGCAGUGUUGGUUCCUCCAUCCCUACACUUUCAUCCUCAGAAGGACUCACUGCCUCCCUCGUAACCUGACCAACAGCUCUGCCAAUGUGCCAAAGACUCUGGCCAAAAAUGCUGCAAAGGGGCCACCUAUUUCAGAAUACUCCUACCUUGCAUUUGGCUCUUCUUUGAGGAUGCCCACUUCUCUACAACUUUCGCAGGGAGACUGACAGUUCUUCCAAGCCCAGGUACUACACAUCUAGAGAUGGCACCAGCCUUGUCCCAAGACCCCACUGUGCCAGUUCCAAUGGUCACUCUUCUCCCCUCCUAUAAAGGCUUCCCCAAACCUCUUCCCUUCUGUGUCACUGUCAUCUGCCAAGCCACUGGUCACUCCCCGCCUCCAAUUCAUGGUCUUGUUUUUCUUCCUCUCUUCCUCAAAUUUGGUGUCUUCAAUGUCCACUUUCACAAACCAUGGAAACCUCUUGCUUCAUAGAAUCUCUAUUUACUCAAUUCCUGGUGUCUUUCCAUUUUCUCCAUUAAAACUCCGUCUUGGCUAUGCCCAGACACUGUCAUCCCCCUAAUUUCUCCACUUUUGAUGUCUAGCUUUCUGAUCAUUGCUUCCUACCUGUUCACCUCUCUCCCUUUUCUCCAUCCCAUGUUACUACAUGAUAUCCUGUGUCCUCUAGUGUGUCACUCUCCUUCUGUCUUCUCUUCCUUCCAGAUGAGCAAGGGCAUCAGUCUGUCUUCCUUCUUGCCCGUCCUCCCUUUCUGCCCAGCAGAGUUGCUGCCUGGCUUAAUUCAGCUGUCUUGUGAUCCCUCUGCUGAACCUGGAGGUGAUGAGCACGGCCAGGAAAACAGUGCCUCCCAGCACAGGUGGCUCCACAGACUCCUCUCCAACCACAGCUGGCCUUGGGGUGCAGUGCAGAUGUGCUUCCUGUGCUCUCAUUGGCUCUCCCUUUGCCCAGUAGCUACUUCAGGCCUUUGAUCAUAUCCUUGAGACCCCCGCCUUCAGCAGAACCUCAUCUCCUGCUUCAUGGAGAGGUCAGCAGCUGGGAUUCCCUCAAUUUCCACUUCUUGCAUUGACGCCCAUCACAAAUGUCCCCUCUGUCCCUCCCCUCCUCCUCACACCUGGGGAGCAGGAGCCCCAUCUCUCCUCCAAAGUAUAACUCUUCACCUGUGCUUUGGACCCCACCCCCUCCUAGGUCCUCUAGGCCCCACUUCCCAAUAUUCCUUCUCACCUUGAAUUUCUCACAUUGUCCACUGGUUUCUUCAAAGCAGUCAAUAGAUGGAGUUCCCUGGUGUCCCAGCAGUUAAGGAUCUAAUGUUGUCACCUUGUCACUCAGGUUGCUGCUGUGGCCUGGUUCAAUCCCUGGCACUGGGAACUUCUGCCUGCUGCAGGCUGGGCCAAUAAUAAUAACUUUAAAAAGCAGUCGCUAGAGGAGUUCCCGUCGUGGUGCAGUGGUUAAUGAAUCUAAGAACCAUAAGGUUGCAGGUUUGAUCCCUGGCCUUGCUCACUGGGUUAAGGUUCCAGCGUUGCUGUGAGCUGUGGUGUAGGUCUCAGACGCAGCUCGGAUCCUGCGUUGUUGUGGCUCUGGCGUAGGCUGGUGGUUACAGCUCCGAUUCGACCCCUAGCCUGGGAACCUCCAUAUGCCACGGGAGCGGCCCUAGAAAAGGCAAAAAAAAAAAAAAAAAGAAAGACAAAAAGCAGUCACUAGACACACUGGGGAAUCUUUGAUCAUAAUCACAGCUGGGUUUUUUAAAAUCUUUGAUUCCCAGUGUUAUUACCUGUCAUUCUUCACUUUCCAUUUCUUCAUGAAUAUACUUCUUCCUGAGUCCACGAACAUGGCUCUUCCCAAGACCGAGUCACGUGGGUACUUCUCAGCCCUCGUGUGACUGGGUUUUCUGCCUCAAUUGGUGUUGCUGCCCUUAAUUGCUGGAUACCACAGCCUUGUGAUGGUCUUCUGAUGGCAUUUCUCCCCUGGUCCUGUGUCUCUCCUGCCCCAGAGAAGCCGGCAUCUUCUGGAAUUGGUUUUAUUCAUUCUGGUCACUCUAGGUUCAUCCUCAUCUCCUUCUGCACGCCCUCCCCCAUGAGAUCCUUUGUUUAAUCACAGCCUUGAGACUGGUCUCUUGACCUUGCUCUUCAACUCCAGCCCCACACUCCCUCUUGAACGUUCUGCAGACACAUGACACUCGGUAUACCCAAAAGGAAGCUCUUUCUUUUUCCUUUCUUCACCCUCCCUCACCUGUUCCUUCUCAGAACCACCCCAUCCCCAAGGAGAACACUUGACUUCUGGUCUAGUCUCUUUCUGAGUGUCUACUGCAUCCUGGACUUGAGUCAGCCCCACUCACUCACAGGGUCCUGGCGGACUCAUGUUUCUCCCACGCCUCUCUUUGUGUUUUGAAACAUUCUAUCCAAAAGUACCUGAAAGCUGCAAACUUCUGUUCAUCUUUCAACGCCCACUUUGGAAAUCACCCCUUCUGGGAAGCCUUCACGGAAAGCCUUAGAUUCAGCUGGCUGCCUGAGUCUGUCAUAUUACCCUUGACUCUCCCAUCAUAAUCCUCUCCUCAUGGUCUUAUAAUUGCCCUUUUACUUCUGUCUUCUCCAUCAGAUUGUGGGCAGAAGAUUUGUCCCUUUAUUCAUCUUUCUAUCCCCAGAACCCAGCACGGGUCCUGGAACACAGUAGGUGCUCACUUAACAUGUACUGAAUAAAUGAGUGAAUGAACAAGUGAAUGAAUUUGCUUAGAUCAGAGCAGAAAAGACACAAAACUGUGGAUCUUAAGUUUUUAUGUUAUAACAGUCCACAGAGACUAUUAAAUUUUCCAUGUUUCCAGGCAAA